AAUCUCAUACGGCUGCUUGCUACAGCUAGUUGUAACGUACUUUAUCAUAUCAUAUAAAUAUAUUAUGUAAACGAGAGAGAGAGAGAGAGAGAUUUAUUGGUUUCUCAUAAUUAAAGGAUAGUCUCUGUGUGUGUGUGUUUUGGCUUUGUGAAACCAACAAAAAUGGAAGGAAAUAAUGAUAAAGAUGAGUGUAGAGAGGGGUUGCUUUUGAAGGAGUACUACUACCACCCCGACUGCCCAGGCUGCAAGGUUGAGAAAUAUAAAAAUUUGCAGCAAGGUUUCCCUUUUCGAGACCUCUUUCGCAUAUGGGCUAUCGUCAUCGCUAGUGCUUUGCCAAUAUCGUCUCUCUUUCCAUUCCUCUAUUUCAUGAUUAGGGAUUUAAAUGUUGCUAAACGAGAGGAGGAUAUUGGAUACUAUGCUGGUUAUGUUGGAUCUUCGUAUAUGUUGGGCAGAGCAUUGACGUCUGUUUUAUGGGGACAUGUGGCCGAUCGCUAUGGUAGAAAACCAGUCAUAAUAAUAGGAACUUUCACAGUGGUUAUUUUCAACGCUUUGUUUGGACUUAGUGUGAACUUUUGGAUGGCCUUAACUACCCGGUUUUUUCUUGGAUGUUUCAAUGGUUUACUUGGCCCAAUAAAGGCUUAUGCAAGUGAAUUAUUCCGCGAAGAAUACCAAGCUAUAGGAAUCUCAACGGUUAGUACGGCAUGGGGCAUAGGGUUGAUCAUAGGCCCGGCUUUGGGAGGCUUUUUAGCUCAGCCAGCAGACAAAUAUCCAAAUAUUAUUUCACAAAAUUCAUUCCUUGGGAGGUUUCCAUAUUUCUUACCUUGCCUUUGUAUAUCAAUAUUUGCACUUGGAGUAGCUAUUCCUUGUUUUUGGCUUCCGGAAACAUUACACAAUCACAGUGGAAAUAACAGAUCGUCAAGCAGUAACCUGAUUGAAGGGUUGGAAGCAGCACAUUCUUUAAGUUUUGAAACUGAUGAACCACAAAAGAAAGAGAAUUAUAAAGCUGAAGAUCAUCAGAAGCAAACUCAUUCCAAGAAAAGCCUUCUGAAAAAUUGGCCCUUAAUGUCAUCUAUAAUUGUUUAUUCAGUUUUCUCACUUCAUGACAUGGCAUACUCAGAGAUUUUCUCAUUAUGGGCUGUGAGUCCCAAAAAGUUUGGGGGCUUGAGUUACUCAACUCAGAAUGUUGGUGAAGUUCUUGCUUUCUCAGGUUGUGGUCUAAUGGUCUUCCAAAUGCUAUUAUACCCGUACGUGGAAAAUCUAAUUGGCCCAAUAAUGGUCUCUCGUAUUGGAGGGAUCAUAUCAAUACCUCUAUUGGCAUGUUACCCAUUCAUAGCUUUGCUGUCAGGCUUCACCACUUGGAUCUUGAUAAACAUUGCAUCACUGAUAAAGAAUGUCUUAUGUAUUUCCAUUGUCACUGGCAUGUUCAUUCUGCAAAACAGAGCAGUGGAUCAAGAUCAAAGAGGUGCUGCUAAUGGCAUUGCUAUGACUGCAAUGUCUUUAUUUAAAGCUGUUGGUCCAGCUGCUGGUGGUGCAAUAUUCUCUUGGUCAGAAAAGCGUUUGAACGCACCCAUCCUACCAGGUAUGCAGUUGGUUUUCUUCAUCCUCAAUUUGGUUGAGGCUAUCGGAGUGCUAUUGACAUUUAAACCAUUUCUUAUAGCGCCUUCAGUUGCUUAAUUAAAUGUAUUUUUUAUUAAAUUCAUUAUAUGCAAAAUUAGAGGUCAAAUAAAUGAAAUACUCGAUCGAUAUGCCUGAGUUAUGAUUGAAUACUUCUAUUCUUCAUGAUCAUGAAGAUGAUGUAAAUUUAUAUUUAUAUUUAUAUGUAUAGUGGGAGCCAGUGAAAUUAAGUUUGAGACAAAAUGGAUGUUUCAUUGUUAGAAUUCUUUUGUGUUGAAUAGAAAAAUUAAUUGGGAUUUUAGUCCCA